AUGUACGACGAGUACCUCCGCAGGGAAGACUGUCCACUGUUUCAUUACGGACUAGGUGUAUCCCUCGACAGGUUUCGCGCUUAUGGAAUCAAGCACAAGCUGUUCAACUCCAAGGAUGCACAAGACGACGUGCGUGUCGUAUGCCAUGUGCGACGGAUGGUCGACCUUAUUGCCAAACGUGGCAAUGCCAAGCCGCUACGAUAUACUAUCAUCCAUCAUUAUCAUUUCACCCGCAUGAUCGCCUUCUACACGAAUUUCAACAAGUACGAGUCGCCUUUGACACCGGACGAGGUGGCAAGAAUUGUGGCGUUCAUCAAGGCUGAGCUCGAUCUGCCAUCGGACUCAGAGGCCCUCUGGUACUGGGAUUGCGAGAAUCCCUCUACCGCGACGUCUGACACUCUGACGAACCCUAAAAUUCCUAAGGCCGUUAAACUACAUAUGCAAGUGACACAGACUGAGAACGAAGAUCAACAACCUGUAUUCGAGGACGUGGACCUGGAGAUACGGGCAAGGUACGUGUCCUACGCCACCAAGCGCAAAGGCGCGCGGCGAGUCUAG